GUAUUUUAAUGUACCAAUAAAAUAAAGAAAUUGAUAUAUGAGGUUAUAUACAAAUUUAAGAUAAAAUAAAUGAAGUAAAAUUUUAAUAAUGUAAUUUAAAGAAUAGAGUAGAGAAAUUGUUGUGAGUACGUGUGCCUAACACUCAUAAAGUGUUAGACACAGGUGCCAAAUAACUGUCUUUUCUUCCUUCCAUGGCAAAAAAGUAGUUUAUUCGGUUGAGAUGUUGAUCUAUAAAUACAUGCAUGCAAUUGUUCACAAAAACUAUAACAACCACUCCACCUUAUAUGUUAUAUAGAGAGAAACAAACAAAGAGUGCUUGCUAGAGAGAGAGGAAAGAAAAAACAAUGGCUUCUGCAGUGAAAGGAGCAAUACUAGCAAUAGACAACGAAGCGAGCUUCCAAGAUCAAGCAGAGAUCUGGAAAUACAUGCUCAACUUCGGAGACUCCAUGGCGCUAAAAUGCGCCGUGGAGCUCAGACUCCCCGACAUCCUCCACUCUGCAGAUGGCCCAAUGACACUCUCGGAAAUCGCUGCCGCAAUCCCUAACGCCCCGUCCCCACAAGCGUCGCACCUCUUCAGAGUCCUGCGUCUCCUCGUGCGUCGCAAAAUUUUUACUUCCGAAGAAGACAAAGUGUCAGGUGAAACCCUUUAUGGGCCCACAAAACUGUCGAGCUGGCUCCUCCACGAGCCAGCUCCAACAUCUGACUCAGAUGCCUCGAUCAUGACACUGGCUCCCAUGUUAAUCAUGGAGAACCACCCGUGGCACGUGGACCCGUGGCACAAACUGAGCGAGUUCAUCAGAGAAGGUGGACUCGCUCCGUUCGAGAAAGAACACGGGUACAUGUUUGAUUUCGCUGCGAAGAAUCCUCUUUACAAUAAAUUGCUUAACAACGCGAUGGCGUGCACGGCACGAAUUACGAUAAGAACAUUAUUGAGUCAUUGUGGUGAUGAUCUUUUCAAUGGGGUUGGAUCUGUGGUUGAUGUUGGUGGUGGGACUGGGAGAUUUAUUUCAGAAAUAGUGAAAUCAUAUCCUCAUAUUAAAGGGAUUAAUUUUGAUAGAUCUCAUGUGAUUUCUACUGCUCCAGCUUAUCCUGGUGUCACUCAUGUUGGGGGUGACAUGUUUCAAGAGGUUCCUUCUGCUGAUGCUGUUGUCACCAAGUGGGUAUUGCAUGACUGGGGAGAUGAACUAUGUGUGAAGCUAUUGAAGAAUUGCAGAAAAGCAAUCCCAGAAAAAGGUGGGAAAGUGAUAAUAGUUGACAUAGUUGUUGAGGCUGAUGGGGAAGGAGUGUUUGAUGACACUGGUGUUGUCUUUGAUGUUCUUAUGCUUGCUCAUAACACUGGUGGAAAAGAAAGAACUGAGAAAGAGUGGAAAUCUCUGUUGGACCAAUCUGGUUUUCCUCGUUACAAAAUCACCAAAAUCCCUGCUUUGCAAUCUGUCAUUGAAGCCUAUCCAAACUAAUUAAUUAGUUAAUCCAAUAUUAUAUGUAUAAAUAAAUAAUGUUUAGCCAAUUACUCUAUAAGUAUAUAUUCUUGUUCUCAAGAAGUGUAUUUAUGAUGAUUGGUUAAUUGUUGUAAGUUUUAAUUAUGCAUGUUUGUGUUAUUAUUGCCUUAAUUAAUUAGUGAAGUUAUUGUGUCCUUAAUUGCAA